CUACUCAUAACUACAGGAGAGUGCUGUGAGCUGCAUAUGCGACAGACUAAGCUCAGUCGGGUUUGAGCUUCUAGUCCAGAAGAGGAAGGAUUCAGUUAUUUAGUAAUUGUCCAUCACUCCAACAUUCGUGAAGCAGAAAAAGCUCUACAACAAGAAGGUGGUGGAGAUGAGUCAGGAGAAAAAAGAAAGACUAAAGCUUUUUAGGAGCUACAUUGAAAAAAUCAUACGACCUACCUAUGUCCUGGGCUACCUGAAUACCUGGCUGCCAGAUGGCACAAUAGAAAUCAUAAAGGCUGAGGAACAAAAAAGCCCAACCGCAGCUGCAGCUAUGUUCGUAGAGAAAUUACUGGAGCUGGAUGCAGAUGGAUGGUACCAAGGAUUUAUCGAUGCAUUAAGUGCGGCAGGAUAUACUGGGCUGUAUGAAGCACUUGGAAAAUCAGACUUCAGCGAUAUUGAAAAACUGACCGUAGCGCAACAGCAUCUGAGUAUAAUUAACAGUACAGUUAAAAACAUAAUUAUCGUAGAAGAAUUUGUGAAUCACUUCAACGAUUGUCUUCUGCGCAGAGAAAUAGAGGAGAUUAGAACGGAGGCUGCAAAGAAAGGAGCAACAGCAGGGGCUGAGAAGCUUAUUGAAUGCCUUCUCCGAUCAGAUAAAAAAGAAUGGCCAAAGACCUUCACUUUGGCUUUGGAAAGAGAAAAUCACACACAAAUUAUUGAAGUGUGGAGCCCAGAAAAUAUGCCAAAAAAAGUUGUAGAAGAGCAAGAUGAGGAAACCAGCACCUUCAGUACUCUUCAGUUUUCAGAAGAACCAGAGAUGAUGUUGGAGUCAGCUGCACCAAAUGAUAAUGCCACAUUUAGUCUUCCAGUGACCAGCAGUCACACUCCUAAAUCUGUCAAAGAUUUCACUUUGAGAAAGUAUCAAGAAGAGCUGGCCCAGUGUGCUUACAGCGGGAAGAACACCAUCAUAUGUGCCCCAACAGGAUCUGGAAAGACCUUUGUGUCACUUGCUAUCUGCGAUCACCAUCUAAAAUCCAUACCAGAUGGACAAAAGGGGAAAGUUGUAUUUAUGGCAACUAAAGUGCCAGUUUAUGAGCAACAGAAAGAUGUCUUUAGCAAGUAUUAUGAAGGCAGCAGGUACACAGUGGUGGGUUUUUCUGGAGAAUCCAGUGAGUGUGUUCCUAUGGAGUUGAUCAUAAAGAAUAACGACAUCAUUGUUUUGACACCUCAGAUUCUUGUCAAUUGUAUUGACCAAGGAUAUGUUUCCUCCCUAUCUAUGUUUACCUUGAUGAUUUUUGAUGAAUGUCACAACACGAUAGGAAACCAUCCCUAUAAUGUGCUGAUGUUUAACUACAUGGAUAUAAAGUUUAACUCGCCUGGCCAGAAACUUCCUCAGAUCAUUGGAUUAACCGCAUCAGUGGGAACUGGGAAGUCAAAAUCAGUGGAAGAAGCUAUGAUUUAUAUCAGUAAGCUAUGUGCCAGCCUUGACACUGAAGUGAUAUCUACUGUCAAAGAACACCUGGAUGACUUACAGAAAGUGGUUUACAAACCGGAGAAAUCUAUCAAAGAGGUAUCUCCUCGUGGGACAGACCCAUUUAAGGAUAUCAUGUCAACAAUAAUGAUGGAGACCGAAGAAAUGGCUAAAGAGGUUUACCCAGACCUUGAUUCUAUUUCAAAUAAUCAGAAUCGGGGCUUUGGGACUCAGUUGUAUGAGCAGUGGAUUGUUGGUGUCCAGCAGAAAUGCCGUCUUUUACAAAUGGAGAACAAAGAGGAAGAGAGGCGCAUAUGCAGCGCCAUGUUUACCUUUACUAACCAUUUAAGGAAGUACAAUGACUCUAUUAUGAUCAAUGAUGAUGCAAGAACCCAGGAUGCUUUGGAGUAUUUGGAAACCUUUAUCUACAAUGUCAAAAAUGGAAGUUAUAACCAGAUAGAACAACAACUGACAAAGAGGUUUGAAGCUAACCUGCCAAAAUUAACGAAAAUAGCUGCUGAUAAUCAAAACCCUAAGCUGGAAGAGCUAGAGUUUAUUUUGGGAGAAGCCUAUCAUGAGAACGCACAAACACGUACUCUGCUAUUUGUCAAGACCAGGGCAUUAGUUACGGCACUAAAGAAAUGGGUUGAAGACACACCAUCCCUAAGCUUCUUAAAACCUGAGAUGUUAAUAGGACGAAGCAGGAGACAAGAUAAUACAGGAAUGACCUUUACAGGCCAGAAGGGUGUCCUAGAUGCAUUCAAAACUAAUGGGGAAAGCAAGAUGCUGAUAGCUACAUCAGUGGCAGAUGAAGGCAUUGAUAUACCUGCAUGCAACCUUGUGCUGCUUUACGAAUAUGUGGGCAAUGUCACUAAGAUGAUUCAAGUCAGAGGUCGAGGAAGGGCUCAGGACAGUAAAUGCUUCCUUGUGACAUGCAAGCGAGAUCAAGCAGAAAGGGAAAAAAACAAUAUUUUGUAUGAAAAAAUGAUGAAUGAUGCUGUUGCCAAGCUACAGGAACUCGAUGAAAGGGAUUUUUUAAAUUUGAUUCGUAAAUCGCAACAAGAGGAAAAGAAUUUUCGAGAUUUCAAAAAGUAUGUUGGAAAACCAAAGCCAACAGAAUCAAACAAGAGGCUGCUUUGUGGGAAAUGCAAAACAUUUGUUUGCAAUACAGAUGACAUCAGAACCAUACAGGGGUCCCACCAUACUGUCAUAGAUAAAUCCUUUAAAGACCGAUACAUCACUGAGCCACAUCCUAAACCUAGGGGCUUUCAAGGCUACACAAAGAAGUUCAAAUUAUUCUGCAAGAAACCAGAUUGUAAAGAGGACUGGGGUGUCUCUGGCACCUACCAAACCUCCCCAAACAUCCCACUAAUUAAAAUCAGCAGCUUUGUGGUGGAAAAUGCAGAAGGAACCAAUCAGGAAUAUUUUAGCAGAUGGGUGAAAGUAAAUUUUACAAUGAAGGAAUUCAGCUCUGAAGAAAUGGAGUCUUUCUCUGUAUAAUGUAAUGCGAUUCUCCAGCGCACCUUCUAAUAAGUAGAAAAUCAAACUCUUUUGUAUGGACAUUACAUUUAUAUUGUCACAUAAAUCAAAUAUAAUGAUUAUAAGAGAUAAUUAGAGACUGAACUAAUUGGCCUUGAAAAUCAGUAACCCAGAGCAACAUAAGACAUAGAAUACAGUUUAAAAUUGCAAACAGAGCUUCUAAAACUGUUUUGUAUUAAUUCAUAUAAUACAGCAUUUGUCUUUUACCUAGUACUACUCUUAGACAACAACAGCAAACUUCUCUCAGCUGUAAUCAAUAUGAUGAAUAUGUACUCACAACAUUACCGGUGCUUCCCGGUCUGUUAAGUCCAUGAGCGUUCAUGGUAUGCAGGGACCAUCCGUCUCAACAGCGAGGAGACCUCUUAAGGGUGUGAGUCCCACUAUUACACUCGCUUACUGGGUCACUCCACUGCUCCGCUACACAAUGCGCUUACCCACGUGACGUCUCAGAGAAUUAUGUCACACACGAGUACCAGGAUCUCCGUGUUCAAACGCUAAAUGAGCUAAGCGGUUACUGGCUAAAGAACAACUUGUACAAAAAAAGGUCCACCAUAAACUCAUUAAAAGUUCAUUUUAUUGGCAUCCUUUAAAAGCACACAUAUAUUUGGGAGUGGCUGUCUCUUUUAAAAAGCAAUCUAAUACAUGAUUGGCUGAACAAUUUUCAAAACAAAACAAGGCUCCUAUGAAAUACGCUACAAUUCAUAAACAAUGUUAUAAAUUGUAAACAACAUAUAUACAGUUUUUAUCCUUGUGUCUACUAUCGUCAAAAAGUAUUAACUGUAAACUAUAGUAUUGAGUUGAGAAUUAUAUAUUCAGCUAGAAGGGCCAUCUUAACAUAUACAGUAUCUGCACAAAAGAGUAAAUAGAGAGGGGUGGAGAUAGGAAUAUUUUGCUUAAUAAAAGGGAGAUGUUCUGGGUGUUUAAAUUGGGAACUAGAGUACCGCAGGGUUUAAACUCAGAAUACGAUUUGAUUCAUUACUGGGAGUGAUUUUACUUAUGAUGGCAUACAAGAGGUGGUUCUUGUGUAGAUAGCUUGACACAUAAUCUAGUAUCAUAUGAUGCUCUUACAAUAAUUAUCAUAGCUUCUAAAUAUAUGUCUGAUGGUUUAUACUAUUUGUAUUUGGCUAUACAAUGUAAUGGAAGUUUUUGGUCUCUUUUGCCAUCUGUUUUGCCGUCUCUACUUACUCUUACAGGUCAGCGUUUAUAAUACAACAUAAAUGAACACACACAGUCAGGGCCAUCUUUAAUAUUGUCUGGACCCUGGGCAAACAUUUUCUUGCCCCCCCCCCCCCAUGCAGUUUCGCUCUCCACCCCAACAUCCCAAAAAACAGCAAAAUCAUUUUUUUUUAAUUAUUAGCCCAGCAGUGGAUUAUCCACUGCUGAGCUAAUCAUUUAAAAAAAUGAAAUAAAUUGCAAUAUGUGAAACUGGACCUAAGCAGUACUAAUAAGUAAAUAAAUAUAUAAAUUCCUCCACUGUGGAUUCAUUUAAUAUUCUCUUGAAUGUUAUUCUGGUGUGAGGUUAGCUGGUUAAAGAGAUUUAGGGCAGCCAACAGGAGCAAAGCAAGGUAAAGACUGAGGAGGAAGCAUGGAGGUGCAGUAUAAGUUUACUGACUGGAACAGCAGAACUACUAUGGGAAGCUGUAAAAUCUGAGACAGAGAGAAAACAAAAACUAUAAAAAUAAAUCUUACAUUAAUGUGUGAAGUAUCAGCAUGACACUAUACAUCAGCCACAGCAGUACAUGUCACUCCUUUGCUAGGAACAAGUUCCCUCUCACCCUGCACAAUGCUGCAUGGGGAGGGGGGGGUGUGCACUCACUUAUUCUUCCCACUGACACCUUUCUACAAAGCUCUGUUCCCCUAACAAACUUCAGUUAGUUGAUCUUAGGGCCACAGCAGAAAGAGUAGGGCUAAGGGGACCAGCAGACUGGAUGCUGUCUGUCCAAGGCUGCAUGGAUACAGUGUGAGAUGAGUCACACAGCCUCAAGACUGAAGAGAGCAGUGUGUGCUGCUGCACAAAUGCUCAAAUCCUCAUGUCCUUGCCGCUCCAGCUUUCUGCUGCAUGCGCCUAAAGUCAGCCCUACCCAGAAAAAAUCCCCACCACCAGAGCAGUGACCUGGUAGCAGUGGUAACCCCAGUAGGACCUUUUCUGAUGCAGUGGGAAUGGCUGGAUACCGAGUUAGGGCUUUGCAUUGAGUGCUGCACAGUGCACAUCUAAAACAGCACAUGGCAAUAGCUUGGCAUGUUACAUGACACCGGCACGGUCUGGCACAGUUUUAAAAAAAAAUAAAUAUAAGCAGAGUACUUUUGACUGUGACAGUAUUAGGACUGAAUGUGUGUGUUCCCCAUGUCACAUCAGCAGUCUGGUAUGAACCAUAAAAAAACAUUUUUUUAUUUUUUUUUUAUUUUUUUUUAGGACUCUUGGGCCCCUCAACAGAAACUGGGCCCUGGGCAGCUGCCCCUUUUGCCCUGUGUUAAAGACGGCCCUGCACACAGUAGUUUACACAAAAUCUCUUUUCCUGUGAGAAUAAAAUGUUUUUGAGUAAAAUAUUUCAAUACGGAUUGUCUCCACAUUCAGGCUGUGCAUGGUUAAUGUUGAAGUAUUAACCCCAAACUCAUCCUGCUGCCCAAAAUAUAAUUGUAAUAUACGGUAAUUUAUUACUUACAUAGAGAAGUCCAACUUGAAACAUUUUGGGGGGGGGUGCUUGUAAAGGGUAAUGGAAUGUUAGGCAGACAUGUUCCGUAUUACUAUUAGAUUGGGUUAUUUACAUGACCAAUAGUAAUACUAAUGAAGUUCACCAAACUUACUACAAGUCCCCUUAGAAUGCACUAGCUAAGAAAAUGUUCAAAAGACUGUCAAUGAGAACUUUCAUAAGCCUUUAUUUAUUAUGGGACAUACCAGGUUGUUUUCUUUGCUUUUAUAUUUAACUUUGUACACUACUGUAAACCUCUAAACUCAUAUGUAUGUUUAACUCUAGAUUUUAAAUAAUUUAAACGUUUGUGAAAUUAAAGAACCAGACUAAAAUAAUUUUGGUCCAAUAAAAUGUUGUUGAAAAUAUUUUACCCUUGAAUCAUUGUAUGUAUUUUUUUCAUUUAUUUUAUGGAAUAAAAAUAUUGUCAAUAUUAAAAUCAUCAUAUAAAGA